GGGAGCGCGGCGGAGCGAAGCAGCCGGGAGGUCAAAUGUUCGUCCAACGAGAAGGUAGAGUGUGGAUGUGCGGUGGAAAAUUAAAGUGAUCCGUGGCAGUGGAUCUGAUGGCCUCGGUGGAGUUACUUUACAUAGAUAAUAGAGGAGGAAGAUCCAAUCCUCCCGGAGUACUGGACUGGUCCUCUAGCCCUCUUCAUGUUCACAAGCUGAGCAGUUCGCUGGAAGAAGCUUCUCAUGGACUGUGUAAUUCAGCACCAAGGACAGGACAGCAUGGCCAGCACCGCCUUCAUCAACCCUCAGAGAAGGUCAGAGUGUGCUGCAACGAGGAGCUGGAGACCUCGUUUACGUACGUCGACGAAAACGUCAAUCUCCGGCUGGCGACUCCGGACACGAGCGAGAAAAGUAUUCGUCACGUGACGCCGGCGCUCCACGAUUCCGCGAGCGAAAUCCGUCUCGAGGGGCUUCAGGAGUUAUCACUGAUGUCCGAUAUCGACCUCAGCUCGGAGAGCUCGGGGAAAUCCGUGGAUUACGGAUUCAUUAGCGCGGUCACGUUCCUCAUUACAGGCAUCUCGCUCGUGAUCAUAUCGUACGCGGUCCCGCGGGACGUCAGAGUGAACUCGGACAACGUGUCCGCGCGCGAAAUGGAAAGACUCGAGAACGAGAUCGCAAGGAUAGGCGCGCACCUGGACAUGUGCGUGAUCGCCGGCCUUUGCCUUCUCACCUUGGGCGGCGUGGUGUUGUCAACUUUGCUAAUGAUUUCUAUGUGGAAAGGUGAGAUGUACAGGAGAAAAGCCUUCGCGUAUUCCAAGCACUCCACAAAGCUCUAUGGCUCUAUUAACUUAAGAACGAGAUCGAGUCCGAGUCGGUCCUCGCCAACACACAAUUUUGUCGAGGAGGAGAAUAGCGAUGCCAUAAGUUGACUGAACUCUCAAGUAAUUUAUCCCUAUAACUUUGACCUUUCCUGCAUGGCCAAAAAAACAAACACACAAAAAAAGAAGCUUUUUCGACCUUGUAUCACUGACUAUUUAACAAUUGCUUACUGAUCCAGAAAAACUGAAUAUAACAUGACAGAAGUCUCAGCUCCACAAACAUACAGCAUGAAUAUCUGCAUUUAUCAUACUAUUUGAGAGCAAAAUGAUGUCUAGCACAGUUGCUGACCAGUGUUGGUAACCAAGUUUUUAGAGUAACCAAGUUACUCUAAAAAAAAUAAUUAAUGAAUUACUAACUACUAAUUUCAUAUUCUACAGUGUAAUUAGAUUACUGUACUAAUAACUCUAUCUGAAAAGUAAUAACAUUACUUAUCACUAAUUCCUUUCUAAAACCCUUAUCAACCUCAACCAGAUGAAAAAUACAAGGAUAUACAUGAAAUUGUUCUUUUAAUUCUUUCAAAUAAAUCAUGUAAAAUCAAAUACAUUAUUCAUGGACUGGCCAAAGAAUUUAAGGGUGCUGCAUUAAAUUAGAAAACAUUAGACGAAAAAUUGUAAAUAGACGUUUAUUUUUUUUUUUUAUUCACUGUUGUUUUAUAUAGAUACAGUAACACAAUUACAUGAGAAGAAACUGUCAUUUAAUUACUGAAAAAUUAAGAGUAAUCCUUUACUGUACUUGUUUCAUUGAAAAAGUCAUUUAAUUACAGUAAUUAAUUACUGAAUAAUGCAUUACACCUAACACUGUUGCUGACUUUAUGAGCUGAAAGUGCAGAGAAAGCAAUGUGAAUUCAGCUAAUGUAAUCCUGCUGCUAAUACUGACAAUCCCACUGCCUCUUUCUUACAUUUUAAGAAUCCCAUCAAAACCGAUAUACAGUAUAUAUCCACUUCAGCCAUUUCAUCAUGAGUAUGUUGAGAUUUUGUGUAAUCGAGGGCUUCAGUCUUUGGUUUGGAUCAGUGAGGUUGUGAGCUGUGCAUUUAGAUGCUGAAAUAAAAUUAUCUUGUGGUCCACUGCAAAAAUGCCAAUAUAUUAUAGAUGUUUUUGCCAUUAUUUUCUCAUAUUGUCCUUGUUAGUUUAUGCGAGGAACGGUGCGUGCAGACAUGUAAUACUUUUUCUCCAAGCACUAAAAAUAUAAUUAUUCAAUAGAGGUAGCUCCCACACAAUUUGGUAUCUUUUGGAAAUUGAAAUCCAUAUCUGAAAAAGCAAAGCAUAUCCAUAUUCACUGACAUUGUAUACACAGUGGAACCCAUAGGCCUAUAAGAACAUGUUGACUCACUGAAGCACAUCCUCUAUACUCACAGGAUUUAUUCUGAGAUUACACAUAUAUAUGUUCUAAUAACA